AUGCCGUGCCAUGAGGGCUACAACCAGAGCCUCCCAGAGCGUCCCCCUGUGGACUUCGUCCUCCUGGGCAUCUCGGACCGCCCGUGGCUGGAGCUGCCGCUCUUCGUGGUGCUCCUGGUGUCCUACGUCCUGGCCAUGCUGGGGAACAUCUCCAUCAUCCUGGUGUCCUGGCUGGACCGCCGUCUCAGCAGCCCCAUGUACGUCUUCCUCAGCCACCUGUCCUUCCUGGACCUCUGCUACACCACCACGACGGUGCCGCAGAUGCUGGUCAACAUGGGCACAGCCCAGAAGACCAUCAGCUUCAGUGGCUGCUCAGUGCAGUAUGCGGUCUUCCACUGGCUGGGCUGCACAGAGUGCGUGGUGCUGGCCACCAUGGCCCUGGACCGCUACGUGGCCAUCUGCCAGCCCCUGCGCUAUGCCCUGAUCAUGCACCGCACACUCUGCCGGCGCCUGGUGGCCCUGGCCUGGCUCAGCGGCCUUGGCAACUCCCUGGUGCAGGUGGUGCUGACCGUGCAGCUGCCCUACUGUGGACGGCGCGUGCUGAACAACUUCUUCUGUGAGGUGCCGGCCAUGAUCCAGCUGUCGUGCGCGGACACGGCUGUGAACGACACCAUGCUGGAGGUGCUGGUGGCCUUCUUCGUGCUGGUGCCCCUGGCCUUCAUCCUGCUGUCCUAUGGCCUCAUCACUCGUGCCGUGCUCGGGGUCCGGGCCCCCGCAGGCCGGCACAAGGCCCUGGGGACCUGCUCAUCGCACCUGGCCGUGGUGUCCCUCUUCUACCUGCCCGCCAUCUACAUGUACCUGCAGCCACCCUCCCACUACUCGCAGGAGCAGGGCAAGUUCAUCUCCCUCUUCUACUCCAUCAUCACCCCCACGCUGAAUCCCUUCAUCUACACACUGAGGAACAAGGACAUGAAGGGCGCCCUCCGCAGGCUCCUGGUGCGGACCUGCAGGCUGUGCAGGUGUGCGUGUCCCAGCUGUGGCCCUCGUCACCCACAGAGAGUGCGGGCGGGCCCGUGUGCCACAGCACCACGCACCAGGGAGUCCAUGGCCUUGCAGUGA